AUGGGUGGUAAUCAUCCAAUUUGGCAUCAUUUUACUAAACUUGGACCAGAUAAGGAUUAUAAACAAGGAUGUGCUAAAUGUAAUUAUUGUGAUCAUAAAUGCAAUGAAUCAGUUGUAAGAUGUGAAGGACAUUUAAGAGGAUGUAAUAAUGCUGGUAUAGAAAUUAAACAAUCAUACUUUGGGCCUACAUUUCAAGAGCCAGAACAAAAAAACUUAACAAGCAGACAAAGAAAUUCAA